AAUUUGGUCUUUUCACUCGAUCCAUAAUCGAUUUACUCACAUCAAAUUACAAUAUUGGGCCGAUCGUCAAGCCCAACCAAACAAGCCCCUAAUCUGCCCCCGUCGUGUCGAGGUAUACCUCCGAUCAGUAGUCAUUUCGGAGUUGAAGAUAGCUACAAAUUACCGUACUCUACAAGUUUGCAGGUCAAAAUUCGAUAGUAUGGCAUCGGUUUCAGUUCAUCAGUUUGCUCAGUGCAUCACUUCCCAUGCUUGGAGCCCAGAUCACUCGAUGAUAGCAUUUUGUCCGAAUAACAACGAAGUACAUAUCUAUAAAUUGAUGGAAGGCAAGUGGGAGAAGAUCCAUGUUCUUCAUAAGCAUGAUCAAAUUGUUUCCGGAAUAGAUUGGAGCACAAGUUCAAACAGAAUAGUUACUGUUUCUCAUGAUCGGAAUUCAUAUGUUUGGUCACAGGAAGCGACGGAGUGGGUGCCAACUCUUGUUAUCCUCAGACUAAAUCGUGCAGCACUUUGUGUACAAUGGAGUCCAAAAGAAAACAAGUUUGCUGUUGGAAGUGGGGCUAAAACUGUUUGCAUAUGCUACUAUGAGCAAGAGAACAAUUGGUGGGUAAGUAAACUUAUAAGGAAGCGGCAUGAUUCUUCCGUGACGAGUGUUGCCUGGCAUCCUAACAACAUAUUACUUGCAACCACAUCAACAGAUGGAAAGUGCCGAGUGUUCUCUACUUUCAUCAAAGGUGUAGACACCAAGAACCCUGCAGGUUCUUCUACCGAUUCAAAGUUUGGAGAGCAAAUUAUGCAGCUUGAUCUCUCAUUGAGUUGGACAUUUGGUAUGAAGUGGUCCCCUAGUGGGAAUACCUUAGCCUAUGUAGGUCAUAAUUCGAUGAUCUACUUUGUGGAUGAUGUUGGACCUUCUCCAUCUGCUCAGAGUGUAGCAUUCCGAGAUUUGCCCCUUCGAGAUGUUUUGUUCAUUUCUGAGAGAAUGCUUAUUGGUGGCGGAUUUGAUUGCAACCCCAUGGUAUUCAUCGCAGAUGAAAGGGGAUUAUGGAGUUUCUUGAGGUUUCUUGACGAAAGAAAACCAUCUUCAAGUGCAAAAUAUAGCUCACAGUUGUCAGAAAAAUUUGGCAAAUUAUACAAUCAAUCAAAGUAUAGCACUAAUGACACGAAUGGAACUCCAAGAACACGUGGUGGUGGUGGCGGUGGUGCUCAUGAAAACUGUAUCACUUCCGUUGUGCCCCUCAAGAAAGCCGGUGGUACUACAAUCACCAGCUUCAGCACUUCAGGAUUGGAUGGCAAAAUAGUCAUAUGGGAAUUAGAAAAGCAAGAAGAUUUGUUGGAAUACUUGUGAGGAUGAAGUGUGUUUUGCUAACCACAUUCAAAGGGCUUGUCCUCAAAUAGCCUGGUGUCCAUUGUGUAUCAUUAUUCCUGUACUUUAUAUAGGUUGAUUUACCGAAGCUUUUUGACUAAAAUCCUUAAUGAAUUUUAUGCUUGUAGAGCUUGUAAUUUCUUGGUGGUAUUGGCUUUUUUGUAUGAUUGUAUCCGUCUCUGUAAUCGUUGGAGGAAAAUAAGUUGAUCGGUUACUUGAUUUUACCUUUUUAAGUUU